AUGUCUUCUAUCAAUGUUGAUUCAUACAAAAAUGCCACUAAUCAAAGUACUAUCUAUGGUGGGUUUAUUGUAUUCUGUAUUGGUAUGAUCGGUAAUAUAUUAAAUAUUAGUAUCUUUACGUCAUUAAAAAUAUUUCGUCAAACUUCAGCUGCUUUUUAUAUGACUGUAACAUCUAGUGUUAAUAUUUUUCAACUUGUAGUUGGUUUAUUAUCUCGAAUAAUGAUCACAGGUUAUAAUAUUGAUCCAACUAAGGCAUCAUCAUUUAUAUGUAAAGCACGACAAUUUACUUUAAUUACUACUAUGCUUAUUGCUUUUACAUGCAUGUGUUUUGCAGUAAUUGAUCAAUAUCUAUCAUUAACAAAUUCUUGGAGACAUUUUUGUACUGUUAAAAUAGCUAGUCGUCUAGUUAUUAUUGCUUUUAUUGUAUGGUUUUUACAUGGUAUUACUAUUUUUCUAUAUGUUGAUCUUGAUUCAUCGCUUGGUAGUAAUCAAACAAGUUGUUCAGUUAUCAAUGCAGGUUAUUCGAUUUAUUAUUCUCGAUUUCUAUUUCCUAUAUUACUUGGUUUUCUACCAUUAAUUAUUCGUAUUAUUUUUGGACUUCUUGCUUUUGUUAAUGUUCGUCGUUUAAAGAAACAUCAAACAACUAUUGUUCGAUUAGAACAUGAUAAACAAUUGACAACUAUGGUAUUAGUUGAAGUAACUGUUGAUGUUCUAAUUACAUUACCUUAUAUUAUUUACAAUCAUAUAUAUUCAAAUAGUGUAACAUUUUAUGAUCCAAUAAGUAAUGCACAAGAUCAAUUGAUUAUUGCAGUAACACGUAUUAUAUUUUAUGGAAAUUUUGCGAUAGCAUUUUAUAUUUAUUUUUGUGUAUCAUCACGUUUUCGCAAACAAUUGGUAUAUGUAUUUGUUGAGAUUCAUUUAAAACGUUGGCGAGAAAGAACACAUCGAAAUGGUAUUAAUCAAAUAGUUCCACAAACACCAGAUAUUGUUCAAAAAACAAAUGAUGUGAACUAA